AUCGAUUUAAAAAAAACAGAUCGUCACCGACAAAAGAAUGUUUUUGAGAGUAUUGUGUAAAAAUUUGAAAACGAUCCCUCGAUUAGUUUUUGAGAUCUAGUGGUCACCGUCUUUGAAAACCAUGUUUCGAGAAAAACGCGUUUAAAGUUUUAAGUUUAGUUCUAUUAUUGUUAACAGCUAAAUUUUGCACUUUACCUUUAAUCUGUAAUUCCGGGGCCAUAUGAGAUUCCUUCCACAUCAAUAACAGCAGCGCUUUGUGAAAACCUCUGUUGACGGCGAGCAAUCCUUCCUUCGCGCGUCACCUUCUGCGCUCGUACUUCGGUCACAUCGAUGCGCGCUCGGUCUUGAUUUUCGCAAUAUGCAGCACAAUUCUUUUAUUAUCAUUAAUAAAUAUGCGGCAGCACCUUCAUUAAAUGUGCAUGCAGCAAUAUUGGUAGCAAUUUGCACAACGUGUGCACCGCUGUGCUGCACUUUUGGCGCUAUGCGCCAAAUCAUAUUGUUCAAACUUUUGUUAACGUUUUGCGUAAAUCUACCGUCGUAAAUCUUUCCAGUAAAUUAUCACUAGAAAGUUGUUCAAAUAUUGAACGAAUGGCUUUAAUCACACCAUCGUCCAGUGGCGAUUUAUGUUGAUAUUGCUCCAAAUCGAGCACUCAAACACUCGAUCCCGUUUUACUCAACUCUUUGUAAUUCCGACAUUUUUGCAGAUAUUAACAUAAAACUUUCAGGAUAUAUUCUCAAAACUUGAAGCUUCAAGAAAAUGUAAUAAUUAAAAAAUCGAUUUUUUUUACCCGCUAGGUUGGUGUAACCCCUUAAGGGUAUAAGACCUGCAAUUAUUAAACUAACGUAGCACAUUAACAUAUCGUUUUUGAUUAAAGGAAGCGUAAAAACGCCAAGAACUAAUUAUUAUAUUGUAUUAAUUAAUUUGCAUAAAGAUUAGCUUUGAGAGCGUCCCAUUGGCUCUUAAGAAAUUAAGAGUAAGUAUCAAACCGGAAUCACCGCUAUGAACAAACCCUAGCGUUCGGGAUUUUGGAAAGGCAAAAGAGCGCAUGUCAUCCGGAAAUUCCGAGCAGAGAAUGCGAGUGUGAGUGAGAGACAACCACUCGGCGUUCCCCGAUUGGACAAUAACAUCAGGAGAUAUUGAAAGCGCCAAUCGAGGGGCGCCGGGUGGGGAGUGAAUGGGAACGACGACGAUCGUGACCAAAGAAAAAAAAAGAGUCUGUUUUGAGCUCUCGUGGCGUACGGACGUAACGAGAAACGCGUUCCCGCGCUAACGAAUCUUUGAUAAUUAACUCGAGUCCGGACCGGAUACGCGAUUCCCAGCGAGAAAUGAUAAUGAAUUCGACAUCAAUUCGACGUCGAAUCGACAUCGAAAUGAUGAUUUCGAUGUCGAAUCGAUGUCGAUUCGAUGUACUACUUCUCACUGGGUUAGUAGUGCGCGUAUAACAAAUCCGCGACGACUCGGAAGCAGGCGAUUUCCCGCGUUAUACGUGCAAGCGCGUAAAAGACCCGCACCGAAACACGAAGGGUAUGUUGUGCGAGAGGCAUGACCCUUGCGUAAUUAUUCGAGCCACACGUAAUUAACGCGCCUGCCGAUCGUGCGACGUGUGAGUGUGUGCGUGUAAUAUGCUUUAAUAGCAAUAAAAGCAGAGCAUUGUGAAAAGGCUGUGUAGUGAUUAUUCCCUAAUCCACGCUUGGGCGAGUCCAUUCUGCAGCAGCCAUAUUGAAUCGUCGAGCGUUCGAGAAGCCGGCGAGGACCUGUUGCACGAGUUCGGGACAUCCCAAAGCGGCAUAGGAGGCCUUCCUUGAGAGCGGCGAGGCGCCUAAACAUUCAAAUUAAGAAACUUGCGACAUAUUCGGACCUACGCAUUAGGGCGAGGCCACACCCUGGCGACGGGGCAAAUCACCGACCUGGCGACCGUAAUACAUCGAAAACAGGUCGUGUGUAAUAACCGGCAUUUUGAGAAACCAACGCGCAGCGAUUUCCAAGCGCACAUGCAAAUUGCUCUGCGGACAGCGAAGAAGAGAUUGCGGCACAAGUUGCGUGGCCCACGUGCCACCUCUAGGAUUCGUCAACAGCAGGAUUUCUGGAGCGACGAAUGGCCUGAGGAAACAGUAGGGCAGACCGACAUAAAUUUAAAUCAAGAUGAUAAUCUGUUGGCCACAAACAACGUCAACGCGAGAAGACAAACUUUACACAAUCAAGGCAAUGAUUCAUUGGCCACAACCACUGCCAGCGCGAGACGAAUUUCACGCAAUCAAGAAGAUGAUUCAUUGGCUACAACCAACACCGACGCGAGACGAACUUCACAUCCGAAUCUCAGUGAAACUUCGCGUUCCUGCUUACACUCAUGACGUUUUUAAUGCGUUUUGCAAAACAAAGCUUUGUAAGUGAUUUGUUCCGUUGAAUGCAACCUUUUAUUUAAAUUUCCUAUUCUUUAUACCUUUAUACAAAGUUCCAUUUUAAUUUUAACAAUCCAUUUUAAUUUUAAAGUUUUAUUUUAAUUUCAAUAUUGAAGUCUACACAAUGGAAAAUAUUUUGUAUUAAUGUUAAAACCGGU